UUUCAAUCAAUGGUGUUUAAUUUAAAUCGAUUGUCUUUAUCUUUAGAAAUUUAAUCAAAUUAACGUUUUCUCCAUUCAAUAAGAAUAAUUAUUUUACUCUCUUGGUUUUUGGAUUAGUUUCUUUUCUGUUACUUUGGUUUAAUUAUCAGUGAGCAACACGAAAAAUCAUGUCAUCAGAUAGUAAAACAUUUGGUACCAAUGGUGUUGACAAUACAGUUUACCUUGGAUUUGCAAAUUUACCCAAUCAAGUUCAUCGUAAAUCGGUUAAAAAAGGAUUCGAGUUCACUUUAAUGGUUGUUGGUGAGAGUGGUCUUGGUAAAAGUACCCUGAUUAACGCCCUCUUUUACAGUCAAUUGUAUAAAGAGCGAAAAGUACCUGCGGUUCAAGAUCUCAUGGAAAGCACCGUAAACAUUAAGCCAAGUUCAGUUGAAAUUGAGGAAAAGGGUGUAAAACUUAAAUUAACUGUCGUUGAUACUCCAGGUUUUGGUGAUGCUAUCGAUAAUACAACUUGUAUCCAACCAAUAAUCAGUUAUAUUGAUGAACAAUAUGGUAAAUUCCUUGAAUAUGAAAGUGGUUUAAAUCGUAAACACAUUGCCGAUAGUAGGAUUCAUUGUUGUUUCUACUUUAUCUCACCUGUUGGUUAUGGACUUAAACCAUUGGAUAUUCAGGCAAUGAAAUCUUUACACACCAAGGUUAACCUGAUACCGAUUAUUGGUAAAGCUGAUGCCCUGACAAGACAGGAAGUUACCGAUUUAAAGAAACGUAUUAUGAAAGAGAUUGAAGCCAAUGGAAUCUCAAUUUACACUGUACCAGAUUGUGAUUCUGAUGAAGAUGAAGAUUAUAAGGAGCAAAUUAGAUUGAUUAAAAAUGCUGUUCCCUUUGCAGUUUCAUCUUCUUGUGAAUUAGUUGACCUAAAAGGACGUAAAGUUCAAGGACGACAAUAUCCAUGGGGAAUAUUGGAAACUGAGAAUCCUGAACACAGUGACUUUGUUAAACUUAAAUCUCUCCUUGUGACCCAUAUGCAAGAUCUUAGAGAGGUAACUCAUGAAGUUCAUUAUGAAAAUUAUCGUGAAAUGAGACUCACCCAACGAUCAUCAAGCAUCGUUUCACAGCAAAGUCUGGUCGAAUCACUUUCUUCAUCUGAUGAUCCUGAUCGUAUAUUAAGAGAAAAGGAGGAAGAAUUGAUGAGAAUGAAGCAACAAUUAUUACAACUUCAAAGUGCCAUGAAACAUCCAACCAAUGGAAACAACGGAACAAACGGAACAAAUGGAAAUAAUUGUUCGGACAAUUAAACUCACAACCACAGACACCAUUAAACUCAUUCAAACAACCAAACAGGAAAAACCAACGAACAAACAAAAUCGAGCAAAAGAACAGUAUUUCCAUCUCUGUCAUUCUCUCUCUCUCUCUCUCUUUCUCUCCUUAAAUCAGUAUAUCCAUCAUCAAUUCCGAGAUCUCAUCAUCCAAAUCAAAAUUGAUUUUAUGACACAAUCAACGAAUGACAUUAGUUCAUAACACAAACUCAUUGGAAGAAAUCUCUAAAUGGACAACCACGCACUUUUUUUUACUCAUACAUAUACAUUUCUUAACAUUGAUGAAAAUCGGCUGAAAUUUACUAUCAUAUUUUAAUUACCGCCAUAAUUAACAUUAAUAUAAAUUGUCUGAAUGAUGAAAACCCUUUUUUUUAUAAUAUACACACAACAAUUAAUUAACCAAAUGUUUGCCAAAAUUAUGCUGAUGAGAAAAUGAUUAAAUUCAAAUAAGCCUAAAUUAA